AACACUUCCUUAUUACUCUAAAACGCGCACCCAAUUGCUUCAUCUCCAAUCGCUCUCUCUCUCUCUCUCUCUCUCUCGCUCGGUGUGAUCCGUGUAGAGAGAUUGGAUUUGCUGAGUAACGGUGCAAUGUCUCGCUACCAGUCUCAUUCCUUUGAUGACGGAGAAAUUAAUCCUUUUGCGUGUUACUCGCAAUUCUUGGGAAUGACUUUUCGGUUUCAAUGCACAAGGAAGAAACGUAGUUGAUCGAUUGAUUGAUUUACGCAUACUUUUACGCUUUCUUGUGUUCGUAUGAUUGUUGGGCUUUGUGAAGUGAGUGUCUCUGGGAAGGGUGAUAACAAGUUUCAGUAUGUAAUUGCUUUAUGUUUUCGCUCAUUCUAUGUAAUGCUUUCCAAUUACCCAGGGAUCUAUACCCUAAUUUCAAUUGGUCAUAGCCUCAAUUGUUUAUUAAUCUCACUUACAUCUUUUUCCAUUUCCAGUUUAGUGCUUACAUGUGGCCAUUGAUACUUUUUACUGAUCUUGGAUAUGGUGUAAUGGUUUACUUACUUGUGUUUGAACCUUCAGAAUCCUACAAGUGUCCCAGCUGCAACGUCAAAGCUUUCUCCUCUUCCCCCUGAGCCGUACGACCGUGGUGCCACAAUGGAUAUUCCUCUUGACUCUGGAAAGGAUCUGAAAGCUAAGGAGAAGGAACUCCGGGAAAAGGAGGCUGAAUUGAAGAGGCGGGAGCAGGAAAUCAAGCGGAAAGAAGAUGCUAUAGCACAGGCCGGAAUUGUGAUAGAAGAGAAAAACUGGCCACCGUUUUUUCCUCUCAUCCAUCAUGACAUUUCAAAUGAGAUACCCAUCCAUCUGCAGAGAAUCCAAUAUGUUGCUUUCACAUCAAUGCUGGGUCUUGUGGUGUGCCUGUUAUGGAACAUUGUCGCAGUUACUACUGCGUGGAUUAAGGGAGAAGGUCCAACAAUAUGGUUUCUAGCUAUUAUCUAUUUCAUAUCAGGGGUUCCUGGAGCGUAUGUUAUGUGGUAUCGCCCUCUUUAUCGUGCCAUGAGGACUGAUAGUGCUCUGAAGUUUGGGUGGUUUUUCUUCACGUAUCUGUUUCACAUAGCGUUUUGUGUGUUUGCGGCGGUGGCUCCUCCAAUUAUCUUCAAGGGAAAAUCGCUGACAGGAAUAUUGCCGGCGAUCGACGUAUUGAGUGGGAAUAUCUUGGUCGGGAUAUUUUACUUCAUUGGGUUUGGGUUCUUCUGUCUGGAGUCACUCGUCAGCAUCUGGGUUAUUCAGCAAGUGUACAUGUACUUCAGGGGGAGCGGGAAAGCAGCAGAGAUGAAGCAGGAGGCCACAAGACGAGCAAUGAUGGCAGCUCUCUGACCAAUGACCACAUACACACACCUUUUAACCCAUCUCCAAUUUUUUCCCAUUUAACAUACAAACAAACAGUGAACGUUAGAUCCUCUUGAAGGGGAUUGAUUAUACUCCGCUACUCACUUCAUUUUUGUUUUCCUCCCGAUUUCAUUUAACUAAGAUUCCAGUGAACUCAACUUCUUACUUUUUUUUGGUAAAAGGUGAAGUCAACUUCUUACUUACUUUUUCUUAUUAA